UCUUUUGACCACGUAAAGCCUAAAACCUACCCCUUCCCCGUUCCCCAUUAUCUCUCUCUCUCAAUUCCAUUCUCUCUCUAACCCAGUUUCUUCUCCCAAUGGCCGGAGACCACCCGUCGGAGAUUCAGAUCCGGGUCAACUCCCGGCGGAGUAGUGGCGGCGGUGGUGGUGUGGUUCAUCCAGUUGAGGUAGACACUCCUCAGCAAACGUCUCCGGCUCCAGUCGCAUAUCGAGAAGUAAAGCAUUUCAAGAAAUGGGUUUCUUGGUUAAUCCCUCUAUUUGUUAUUGCCAAUACUAUUAUGUUCAUAAUAUCCAUGUACGUAAACAAUUGCCCUGAUAAUUCAGAUUCUUGUAUAGCCAAGUUCUUGGGUAGGUUCUCAUUUCAGCCUUUUAAGGAGAACCCUCUUCUGGGUCCUUCAUCCACUACGCUACAAAAGAUGGGGGCUCUUGAUGUGACUAAAGUUGUGAAAGGUCACCAGGGAUGGCGUCUUAUUACUUGUAAUUGGUUACACGGAGGGGUUUUUCAUAUAUUGGCUAAUAUGUUGAGUCUUUUGGUUAUUGGAAUCCGGCUUGAGCAAGAAUUUGGAUUUGUCCGAAUUGGUUUGCUGUAUGUUAUCUCUGGAUUUGGUGGAAGUUUGUUUUCUGCACUGUUCCUCCAAUCAAACAUAUCUGUUGGUGCGUCCGGCGCUCUUUUCGGGUUAUUGGGAGGAAUGCUUUCUGAACUCAUCACCAAUUGGACAAUAUAUGUUAAUAAGUUUGCAGCACUCUUCACUCUUGUGGUCAUCAUAGCUAUUAACUUGGCAGUGGGAAUUCUCCCACAUGUGGACAACUUUGCUCAUCUUGGAGGGUUUCUUUCCGGUUUCCUUCUUGGGUUUGUGUUUCUCAUCCGGCCACAGUUUGGAUGGGUUAGCCAAAGAUAUACUCCAGGGUUUAUGUCACCAACACCGCCACAUCCAGCUAAAUCUAAAUUCAAGACAUAUCAAUGCAUAUUGUGGAUCAUUUCACUUAUACUUUUGAUUGUUGGGUUGACCGUCGGGUUGGUUUUGCUACUCCGAGGAGUGGAUGCAAAUAAACAUUGUUCUUGGUGUCAUUAUUUGUCUUGUGUCCCAACUUCAAAAUGGAGCUGCAAGACUGAGCCUGCAUUCUGCUGGUCGAGUCAGACGAAUAAUCAGCUCACCUUAACUUGCUCCAGCAACAACAGAACUAGCCUAUAUUCUGUGUCCAAUCCCAGCAAUUCACGGAUUCAGGGGUUAUGUACACAACUUUGUGGUUGAUUAAGCAAUAUGACUAGGUAGCUUCCUAUUGCAUAAUCUACUCUUAGCAGAUUCUUGAGCUAUAUUAAGUUUUUAGAUGUGUUUAUCUUUCUGUAUCUAUUCUUUUUUUUCUUUCCCUUCUUUUUAGUUGGCUUCUUUGUAUCUGAUAUUAUUAUUUUUUUUAUUAUAAAAUAUUCGAAUCUUAAUGUUAAUAAUAAUACUUUAUUUGAUAGUGUUUUA